CUACAUUGUCAGUUGACGAUAUCUUGCAAUAUGCUGAGUCCACAUACUUCUGUUGGCAUUGCGCAAGUCGUAUUCUACGCACUUGUCUUGCCCAUCGCUGUGUUUGUUCUUAUCAGAAAUUGGAAACAUGGGCUUCGUCUUGCUUCGUACCCUCUUGUAACAUUCUCCCUCGCUCGACUCGCUGGCGGGAUUUUAACCAUUCUCCGUCAAUCCGACCCCACUAGUCUCGGACUCAUCAUCGCGACUACCGUACUGCUCAAUGUCGGCCUCAUUCCAUUAAUGAUCUCCAUGGUUGGGUUCAUCCGCCUGAUUAUGAAAUCAAGUCUUGAUGAGAACAAGAGAGCUUUUAUCCUGUUGAAGAUCAUUCGCUUUGCGUUCAUCGCCGCUAUAGCUCUUCUUUGCGUUGCCGGGGCUCUUAGUGGUUCUAACAUACACAUCUCAAGACACCUGACGCAAGCUGGCUAUGUUACUCUUGCUGUUGUUCUUGGUUUGAUGACUGUCGAGUUACUUCAUCUCUAUACUCAGAAGCACCGCAUCGCUCCCGAGAGACACAUUUUCAUACAGCUCACCCUUGCGAGCAUUCCGACACUUGCCCUUCGAACAGUCUAUGGACUUCUUUGCGCUUUCACUGUUGAUGACAUGUCGACCAUCUGGAAUUCACUUGUUGGGUCAGCGGUGGCGUUUGCUUUGAUGUGUCUGCUUGCGGAGUAUAUCACGCUUCUGAUCUUUCUUUAUCUCGGGAUUCAUCAUUGGCGGGGUGUCUGUGCUGAGAGCUUGGGAAGUGUCGAGAUGGAGUCUUUGAGCAAGUGAAGAGCUAAGGAUAAAUGAUUAAGGAAGAUGAAGUCGUUGAGAUCUAUGCUAGAACCCUUGUCUCUUGGCAAGAGAAAUUAAUUUUGUUUAUU